AUGUCUUCAGAAUCAGAAAAGGACAAAGAGAGGCUAGUGCAAGCUGCCAAAACAUUUUUCUUUCACAUGCAAGAUCUUGUUGCCUUCACUAACACACUUAUUGAAUUGUUUAACAGCGCAAUGAAUACCCAGAUCCACUCCAUGGCUGUGAAAGAACAUGAUAAUGUUAAGGAUGUCUUUGAAAAAAUAUUCACAAUUUUUAAAGAGAUGCAAUCUGUCCUGGAGGCAAAGUAUGACCAGAUGCAAAAGGAACCUUUAUGUUCCAAGAUUGCAACAGCAGUUUGCUCUAUGGUUGAGAAGAAUACCAAUGUAAAGGAAUGGCAGCAGUCAGCUAAAGAAAUGUUCAAAAACGUUCAGACACCAAUCAUUGUCGCUGCCCUGAAUAGCAGUAACAUCCUUGGCAGUUUGGAAUCUUCUCUUUCACUCUUGAUGACAUAUCCCAUCAUGAAUCUUCAGUUAAGUGACCUCUAUAGAAAAGACACCGAAGACCAAUCAGAUGCCAACACAUCGGAGAAAAACAAAAGUCCAGGUCAAUCCAAAAUUGGUAUAGUAGACAUCUUGAAAAAAUUGCAGGAUGCGCUAAAAGCUGAACAUGUCAAGAAUACCAUCGAGUCAGCUGCAGAUCAGUUGGAGCAAAUUGUCAAAACUAUGGGCCCAAUCUUAGAGGUCCUCAAAAAAGCCAUAAGUACUAUGGAAUCCAAGAUUCCUGUGCCCAAGAAAGCCAAUGACCAGUAG